CUUAAGUUCCCUAAUAACUUUCUCCUUAAUCUUUGUACCAUUGAUUGUGCCUUUGUCUGCCUGUGUCUCCCUUUCUAUGUCCAUUCAUACAUACAGUUACGUGUCAUGCAUAUGGCACCUUUGCCAGUGGCAUGUAAGAUUAUUCUUUUCUUUUCUAUUUCAGUUACAGUCAGCGAAACAGCAGCAAAGCACUAUGGGAGUACAAACGAAACAGAAUGCCAAGCGGGAUGCACAGACAGCAAAAAGUGUGCUAAUCAUUGUAUUCCUGUUUUUGGUCUCUUGGUUUCCGCUCUAUACAAUCAACGCCAUCAUGUUAUUUUGCGAAGACUGUGUUAUUCCACCGAUACUCAUGAAUUUCGCUGUCAUCUUGUCGCAUGCCAACUCCGUGUGGAAUCCUGGACUCUACGCCUGGGGACUGUCUGACUUUAGGGACGCCUUGCACAAAGUUAUGUGCCCCUGUCGAUCAUCUUCGACGCUACCGCUAGCGGCAACGACUUCAAUACGAAGACAAUCACAUAGUGUUCAUGCACAGUCUUAAUGAAAAUCUGAAAAUAAACCAAAAGUAAUUUUAAUUUAAGAAAACCAAACUGAAAAACGACUUGAAGCCUGCCACAAAUCUAGGCUUACCCACAUCGAUAUUAGUUUCACCAAGGGGCAGCCACUUGGCAGAGUCAGUCAGUGGAGUGUCGAGUUAUAAAUAUCAGCCAAUAUUCAGAUCCCUUCUGCUUUUUUUUUUUUUUUCUCUUUUAAGUUCUAUGGUCAAAUUCUGUCGGGGUCAACUUCACCUUUUUAUUCUUCCAGAGACAAUGAAAUAUAAUGCCAAUCAGAUAUUGGCUGACAUAGUUGAUUAUACACCAUUACCCCUAAAAUUUGAGGUCAAAUAUCAAUACUACUAGUACUACCAUUGGUAGUAGUAUUGUUGUUGCUAUUGUAAUUCUUCUUUCUAUUAUUAUUAUUAUUAUUAUUAUUAUUAUUAUUAUUAUGGAGUUGGUUUAAUCAGCUUAUCCCUCACAAAAUUUCAGCUAUUAUUAUUAUUAUUAUUAACAUGGUGAGCUGGCGGAAUUAUUAGCACAUCAGACAAAAUGCUCAACAGCAGUUCUUCUGGCUCUAUACAUUCUGAGUUCAAACUUUGCCAAGGUUUGCUUUGCGUUUCAUCGAUAUGCGGUCGGUAAAGAAACGUGUCAGUUGUGUACUGGUUUCAAUGUAAUCAACUUGGCCCUCUUCCCUAACAAGUGCUAGCCCUGUUCCAAAAUUAGAAUUAUUAUUAUAAUUGUUAUUAUUAUUAUUUGUUGGUGUGAAAAAGCAUUGUCCCUGAUUUGAGAAAAACAACAAUAGAUAAAUGAAAAUCCCAGCAAAGAGAGGGAGCAAGGUCGAUGACAUGAAGUACCAGUUAUAUACUUGGGAUGGAUACAAUUGACUAAUACACUCCUCUCUUGUAACAUUCAUGGCCAUGGCCACUUAUGUUAAAAAUUCUUAUUAUUAUUAUUUAAGUGCAGUGGAGUGGCAUAUUCAGUAGAAUGCCUGACAAAACAAUGACAGUGGAGUAACAGUGAUAAAAAAACAGUAUAACACCUACAGGUAAUAGUGAGGGAAAUUUUAAUAGGACUUAUAACAAAUUCCUUUAAGAAGAGAUACAACCAACACAUGCAUACACUCAAAGUGCUCAACAAAAUGCUGAUGGAUAAGUGGUAGAAUCAGUAAAUCAAUAGAGGGCUUCACAAAAACAGUGGCAAUGGAGUGACCAAAUCGAUAGAGCAACUGACCAAACACUUUUUGGUUUUUAGUUACAUAUUUGAUUUUGAAUUUCAUCCUUCCAUCCUUCUGAUGAAAGAUAUAUUGGAUUAUGCAGCCCAAAAUAAACUAGGCCUAAGAAGAUGUGAUGGUCAUGGUUGGAAAGAUUUGGACAUAGCUCUAUUCAUCCAAAACCUGCAGGAUUUCUGUUUGCUUUUCUUUUCUAGACAAUGUAAUAAUUCUACUUCCUGUGUAGUAUUGAACAUUUAAAUAUAUUUGAAAAAUAGCAGGAAACCAGAAAGCUUGAGACUGAAUAUGACCUUACAAAUUGAGACAAACAAUAUUUUAAAAAAUGGGAUGGCUACACCUGGAAUGCAUUGGAUCAUGGAUCAGCCAACCCUAUAAAUCCAAGGCUUUUGUUUUUUCUUUCUUUUCGUAACUGACUACUGAUGUUUCUGCUCUGAUGUAAUAAAGAACAUUUAAAUAUGACAAUAAUAACAGGAAACCAGAAACCGGAUGCCAUCAGAUGGAUCGUAUGGUGGUUUAAUUCAUCCUGCUUCCUGUUAACCCUUUCGUUCUAAGCUUGAAUCUCAAUGAGUUUGACUUCAAAUGAGUUCCAAAAAUCACCCACACACAGUCUUCUUUUCGUACAUCUCUGAAGAUCAACAAAUACAACAAGCACUAGAUAUACACUGAGAAGAGAGAAGAGAAUCUUUAUUUUUUAAGAUAAACCUUACUACUUACUCCCUUACACAUAAAGAUCCCAAAUAAGAGGGGGGACACAUGCACUAUUCAGACACAAAGAUUAGAGUGCAGUAAAAACUGCAAACUCAUUUCAAACUUGCUCUUGUCUUUCGAUUUAUUUCUACUAUGAUCAAUACAUAUAUAUAUAUAUAUAUAUAUAUAUAUAUAUAUAUAAUGUCCGCUUUCCAUGCUAGCAUAGGUUGGACGAUUUGACUGAGGACUGGUGAAACCAGAUGGUUACACCAGGCUCCAAUCUGACUCUGCCAAAUCAGAUUGGAGCAUGGUGUAACCAUCUGGUUUCACCAGUCCUCAGUCAAAUCGUCCAACCCAUGCUAGCAUGGAAAGUGGACGUUAAACAAUGAUGAUGAUGAUAUAUAUAUAUACAUAUAUAUAUAUAUUUCUUCAUUAAACUAUACACACACAAACACACAUGUACACGUGAUACAUACACACACAUACAUAUAUAGUUUAAUGAAGAAGUUCAAUGGAACUUCAAAGUCUCAUCAAGGAGGGCUCAUCACACAUUCUCCAAAAUGUUUUGUGUCGUUUCUAUGGUGAAUGAUUGUUUGUUAUUCUUGGUCAUUAAGAAAUUAUUAUUAAUCACAACAGUUUAAUGACUGUAGCCUGGUUGAACUAUAAAAUGCAGCAUCUUAUCAAAAAAAUGUGUCAUUCUGUCUUCAUCAAAGGUGUUUCCAUCAUUUCUUAGGCAUUAAACAUUAAACAACAAAAACAUCGAUCAUCAGCACCAACAACAUCAACAACAAAAAUGACAACAAUAAAACCCUAAAAGGGAAAGCAAAAUUGCUUUAAAAAUGACAUUCACGUCCCAUACAGAAAAAUAUAUUCAAAGGGAAAGAGAGAGAGAGACUGUAUAAACAAGAAUAUAUGAUUCUCUGGCUUUGUAAGUUAUUGUGAAGUUGGUAAAAUGCAUGCUAGGAUGCAUGGUGUCGCAGAUAUGUAAUUUUGUGAAAAAGUAGUGCAUGCUGGGAUUAUUAAGUAUACAGCAUUUGUGUGUGAUGUAUGAAAAACAAUGAUGGAGUAGGUCUAACCCUUCUCUCUCUCUCUCUCUAUCUAUCUCUCUCUCUCUCUCUCUCCACAAACACACAUUGAAACUCCAACACAUACAUGUGUUUCAAUGUGCUUCCAUGAAUUUUGUACAAAUUCACAUAACACACACACAAUAUAUAUAUAUGUGUGUGUGUGUGUGUGUGUGUAUGUAUAUAUACAUACAUGCCUACAUACAUACAUGUAUGUGUGUGCAUAUAUAUAUAUAUAUAUGUGUGUGUAUAUAUAUAUAUAUAUAUGUAUAUACAUACACA